GUCGAGUUUCGGCCGUCUAACCCAGCAGAGGUGUGCAGCGGACAGCAAUCCAACCACCGCAACAUACAGCACCAUCAGCAGCAGCAGACCAAAUUAUUGCGGCCAUAGAAGAGGAGAGCCCUGCCCUUUGACCCACUGUAUCCUGGAUCUUGAUCCGAUUCUGCCACUGCAACAACUGCCGCCGCAUUGCCAUGUCCGACUGACCAGUGACCACGGACCCAGGAGCAACUGAUUGACUGGCAUCCCCGCUCACUACUCGUCCAUGUCCGUUGUCCACUGGGGUGACGAGGCCGCGGAUACGCGGAUGUGGGCAGCAGCAUCCUCAGCGACAGAGCAGCGCGAAAGUAGGCAGCGAAAAUCGGAAAUCUAAUUAGCGACGUCAGUGUCAGGAUCGCAAAUCCAUUAAUUUCGAGGCCCCACAUCAACAGCAUUUCGGCAAAAAGGCGUUGCUGCAGCCCCAGAAAAAAUAAGCAGGAAAAUCGGGAAAAUUUAACGCAGGAAAAAGGGAAAGCUGUGUGUGUCUCGCUGCGUCGGUGUGUUGGUUCGCCGCUGUGCGUGUGUGUGUGUGUGCGAGUGCCUGAUAACGCGAGCCUGGCGCUGACAUCACUUUCACUUGGAAGCCCAACUCGAGGAACCAACCUGGUCCUGGCCCCCGGGAAGCUGCCACUCGAGCCGCACGGCAACAAAAUCAAUUAAAGUACCAAUAAGACAGCCGCCACAACAGCAACACCAAAGCUGCCACGAGCCAAUUAUCGGGGAAAGUAGAGGAAAUCAGGGGAAAAGCGAAGGAAAAGCCAGCCCAGCCAAGAUGUUCUCCAUGUGCACCAAGGUGAAAUCGCGGAGUGCGGAUGCGGACAGCUCGUUCAUGCAGCAUUCGCAGCAGAUGCAGCAGCUGCAGCUGCAACAGCCCCAGGCGAUGGGAACUGGCGGGAAGCAAAUCAAGGGCGGCUAUCUACUGCGCUAUAAAAAGCAAAUGUUCUGGAACCGCUGGGCGGAGGAAUGGGUGGUGCUGUACGAUGACUCGACCAUGGCCUGGUUCACGGAGCCGGGGCGCUCCUCGCCGACGGGCAAGAUCCUGGUGAAGGAGGCACCCGAGAUGCUGGCCAUCGCCCACUGGACCGGCCAGAUUCCGCGUCGUCCUCCGCUGCCGGCCGGCGUGAACGUGUCCCAGCUGAUUGCCCUCGGAUCGCAGCGCAAGCGGUCCAAGGUCUACUGGAUGCUGGCCAAGUCGGAGCAGGAGGUGAGCGACUGGAUCGAUGCGAUUACCAAGACCCUGCCGCCGCCGCCGCAAAUCGAGCUGGUGGUGGACAAGCCGCACCUGAUGAACGUGCUCCGACGUCCGCUGGUGCGCAUUAGACCUGCCACCCAGUCGGAGGUGAAGCAGCGCAAGGCGGCGUCCCACGGAGCCAGCGGCAGUAAACACCACCGCUGCUCCUCGGCGAUGACCACGAAGGUGUACAGGCAGACCCAGGAUCCGCUGGUGAAGAGCGACGCGGCGGUGGCCAUCCUCAGCAAGAAGCCGGACUCAAAGGCCUCGCUGGCCUGCGCCCUGCCCUGGGGCCACGGCUGGGGAUGGGCCACGCUGCCCAACGGGGUGUGGAGCGGCGGGCUGACCUGGUCGCAGUGCGAGGACACCUUCACCCUGCACGCCCUGCCCACCACCCACUGCACCAACCUGAUCGACACCUCCUGCAGCGGGGCGGUGUACCACACGGACAUCGGCGGCUUCGACUUCCACUCCUCGGGCGUGGACGACAUCGGGGGCGAGGACUUCGACUAUGCCAUGGACUGCGGCGAUUUCAUAUUCUAGACUCCCUCCAGCACGACCUUCAGCCAGUCACCCACCCGCCGGGCAGGACACUUUCGUCCUUGCCCGCAGAUUUCGCCUUCGAUUGGAAGGCGCCAAGCAACUGGUAGUCGCUUGGGAAGUACUUAAUAUUUAACCGUGCUUUCGUUAACCUCUGAGUGUUAGGUGUUGCCAAAUGGAAAGGGAACUCCCUGGCGUUGCGCAUACGCCCCAUUGUCCUUGUCCCGUGCGGUUAACUAUCCGCUGAACCCACUACUCUGUGCAUCGCCCUAAAUGCGUUAAGCAGUUAGACUGCAAGUACAUGUACGAUUCCUCGCGUUUUUGAAAAAAACAUUUUUCCCAUUUACCUCAGUGUUCUAAAAAACAUAAAUGCGCAUAUACACCUGCGGCCAAGGAAAUAGUUGUGACAUCUUGAACCUUUUUUUGAUGUCCCUUCUUUAAUCUUGUCAUUUCGAUGAAAUGUAUGAAAGAAAAUCCGGCAAUUACGAAAAAAUCACAGAAUUAAUGAGUUGCUGACAACAUUAUCAUUAAGGGUCAUUUUCUUCACGUCUUGACCAUUUCUGAUUUGGUAUAUCGAAAAAAAUGUAGUUUCUCAAUAUCCGGUUAGGCUUAUCUGACUGAAAAGUUGUAAACCUAGUUAAACCUGUCGAUUUACUAAGCUUCUUCCUUUAUAUAUUUUUCAGAUUUGAAAACAAAACGUAAAAUUCAAAUAAUUUAACUUAAUGGUUACUGUCAGAUAUCAAACUACAUACUUAACUUGCUAUUGAGAAAUCGGCAUUUAAAAAUUUUAUUCUGCAACAUAUGUUUCAAGAGGUUUAUUAUAGUUCCGUGUUUAACUCGUCUAUAAAUCUACUUUGAAAUACUUCCAAACAAAAUUUAAUUAGUGUUUGGGUGUCACAACUAUUAUGGCCGCCGCUGUAGUUCCCCUUCGAACCCUGGCUGAUACACGUGUGUCCAUGUGCCCAGCAGAAUACAUAGACACACAUAUGUAAAGCCGCACACUCGCCAACCCCCAACACCCAACCCACAACCACCCACAACCACUCCCACUCCCACCCAGCCCCAACCGCAUUCAGCCAUCGCAGUCGCAGUUGCAACCACAAGCAUUUGAAAUGCGAAAAUAUUUUUGCAUCGCGCAUAUAAGUAGGCUACAACAUAUUUUUGCACUCGACGAGCAAACAAAUUACAAUAAAUAAUGCAGACGAGACGAGGCGACAACCAAAUUAAAAACGAGCAAAACAACCGCAAGAGAUUGAAAUACUUUUGUGUAUUUUGAGACUUUUGAAAUUUAUAUUGAUGCAAUUUGUAAUGGAAACACUUUUCAAAUUGUUUUGCCAUGAUUUUCUAGAAUUUUUGGAAUCGAUAGUAUUUAACCGCAAAACCGAGGCCCGGAAAACCCCAAUCCCCGGCGUUCCCCGCAAAACCCAUUUUGUGUGCAAAUUUUUGAAACAUUUAUACAGAUAAAGCGCGCGUAACUUAAGUCAGUCGAUAAAUCGAUAAAUGUUUAAUAUAAUUGUGCAAAGGCGAUAGGAAAAACAAAAAAAGAAAACAAAACCAAAAGCGGGAAAUCACACGCAGAAUUUUAAAGUGGAGCGUAGCAAUUUUUAUAUAGCAUGUUAAACAGAAAUGACAGUAAACAGGAAAACCAGGUAAAUAACAAGUAAUUAACGAGGUAAAAUCGAACUCUAGUCGUAAACUCAUACUCCCGCAACAACACCCACACACAGCCAGUCGAACACUAUAGUGUAAGUGUAAGUGUUAGCACUUAAGGAUGGCAUCCGAAUGUCAGUUUAGUUUUCGAAACUAACUCACGCAGAUCGACAUACCCACCCGUACUGAUGUAAAGUUUAUAAAACGAAAUCAAGCGAAACACAAAACAAGUUAGCAACCCAGGAAAAUCACAGAGUAUAAAGCCAAAGACGUGUAUACACCUGUAUGUACGAGUAAUUAGCAGCUAAGAACACACUCGAAAUCACACACAUUUGAAGCCACAGCCGAGUGAAGGGUAAUCGCACCGUUCAGCUCACCGCAGUCAUCCCACAUCGAUUCUAUUUUGAAUUUGAUUUUGAGGAACUUUCGCCACAACAUGUGAGAAAGGGAAACGCCGCUACGGACACCUUGAGAAAACUGUAAUUGUAACUACGAUUAGGCAUAUUUAGACACUAGGAUAAGUCGGAGCGCCCGCUAAGAGUUAUAUACGAUAAAUGUACUGUAAGAUUGUGCAGGUUUUCAAAAUGUUGCAUGCCGCGAAUAUGCAUAGAGCUAGAACAUAGAAACGCGAAAUAUUAUGUAAAAUACGGGUAACAGGACUCACCAAGUCCCCAAGCAUCUGUUGCAUGUCCUUGUAUACUUAUAUAUGCUAUAUUUAUGUACAACAAUAACCAAGAGCCAAGCUACACGAAUCGUAAACGGUAUCGGAAACGGAAACAGAAACCGAAACCGAAGUCGAAACCCUAAACCUGAGCCCACAGCCUUAGCUAUCAUACCCACACCACGCCCACCAUUCGCUACUAGCCCCUAUAGUAUCUACAUAUAUGUAUGUGCAUGUAUACAGUAUACAAUAUACCUAUAGCUAUAGUCGGGAGACGCGAGUCGGGCACCGGGACUUAUAUAGAAACACAUAUAGAUCCCGCCACGUAACGUAAAUGAAAUGUAGACUAAAAGACUUAAGCAAUUGUCGUUUAGACGUUAAAUUAGAGCGCAUUGAAUGUUGGCUUAUAGUUCUAGACACAGCGAUUCAGAUCCAGAGCGAUGAGCGGAGCGUUUAGGAACAUAUUUAAGGAUAUCCUCACCACAAUGUUUUAGUCUGAAGCCUAGCCCGAAUAAAUCGAAAUUUGUUAGCGAGCGAGUAAGGGAGUCGAGAGGAGUCGAAAAUGCGAAAACCAAACUAAAACCUAAUGAAAAACGAAAAUAAACGUAAAAGUAAAUCAACCUUGGACAAUCACGCAUACGCAUGUAGGAAAACCGGAUUAAAUAAUGUAUGUAAAUUGUUUAGGCCUCGGGCCGGUCGAAAGCGAUAAAGGACCGAGGAUAGCUUGUGUGGCAUAGUCUUAGCACGUCCAGCAUGGAAUCCUAAAGGGCUCCGUGAACUAAACAACAACUAAUCUAAACACACAGAACACACACACGAUGCUGUUCGAUGACUCGAUUGAGGGCUCGAGCCAGGUCAAGCUUCAAUUAAGUGUCAAUCCCCCACGCUCUUCAGUUGGACCGAGAAGUAUUUUUGUAAACUUUAUUAAGAACACCGAUGUCGAAAUCGAAAACAGAAACAAAAACAGAACAAAAGAAACCCAAAAUAUGGAUGUUUUAAUGCGAAACUAAGCAGAUGUAAAACAAAAGUAUACUUUAGAGGCAAAUUUUUGUAGUAUAAUUGUACACGUAAACUGCAU